GGACUUUAGCCACUAGGACACCGUGCCGGGCCCUCCCAUCUUCCUCUUUUGUGAAUCAAGUCACAGGAUCAAGUGCUGAGCAGUGUGGUCACAGAGGGAACUAGGAAGCUCUUGAAUGAGCACGGUGGGAGAGGAGAGGGGCUUAGGUGAGCAAGCAGGGCGCGGUGAAGGUGUAGGCACUGCCAGGGACCAUGGCGGAGAUCAUCACCUAUGCAGACCUGCGGUUCGUGAAGGCUCCUCUGAGAAAGAACAUCUGCCACCCAGGGCAUGAGUCUGACGAAGAUGGAGAGAUCACCUAUGAGAACGUGCAGGUGCCUUCAGCCCCUGAGGCUCCCACAGGCCUGACGCUACUCCCUGAACCAGAAAACCAAGCAGAGUUCCACAUGGAACAGCCAGCCGCAACUUGGAGCAGUGCCAUCUCCUCAGAUGCUGAGCAAAUGUUCCCCUGUCAUGGCCACCCCUGCUGCUCACAAUACCUCCUGCUCGGACUGCUCCUCACCUGCCUGCUGCUGGGGGUGGCUGCCAUCUGCCUGGGCAUGCGAUAUCUCCAGGUGUCUCAGCAUUACGGGCGACUGAACAGGCUGCUGGAAGCCACCAAUAGCAGCCUUCAGGAACAGCUCCACCUUGGAACUGUCCAGCUGGGGCAGAUGGAAAAGGACUUGCAGAACUCCAAGGAACAGCUGACCCAGAGCCAGAGAGCACUAGGGUCAGAGCAGAGGGCACACCAGGCUGCCCAGAAGCAGCUGCAGGUCUACCAGGCAGACAGGAAGAAGAUGCAGGAGGAUUUGCACAGGGAGGUGGCACAGAGGCUGACUGUGCAGCAGAAGCUGAGCCACCUGCAGGACACCCUGAGGCCCUUCUUCACCUGCCCCUCACAAGACACCUGCUGUGUGGUGGGCUGGAUACUGAUUCAGAGCAGAUGCUUUUACAUCUCACUCACUAAGCGAGACUGGCAGGAAAGCCAGGAGUAUUGCAAAUCUCUGUCGUCUGACCUCACCAUUGUCGGAGGCAAUCCUUGGAGUUCUCAUUAUUCAGACCGUUCUCGCUGGAGGAGCUUAUUGUUGCAGUUAUCUGUAAACACUUCCUAUUGGGUUGGCAACAGCUUAAUCAAGGACCAGGGAAUGUAUACAAGCAUGUGCUACAUGAUAGAGCAUGGCCAGUCACGGUCCUUGGGGUCACAGGCGUGUGGUACCCCUCUUGCAUGCAUCUGUGAGAUGGCAUCUUUCAGGUUUCCAGACGAGGAUCGCUCUUUGCAGAAUUCAGGUGUUCUUGCCACGAGACUUCUGGGCCAUCGCCCCUGACCUGGGCCUUCAGUGCCCAGCAUUUCCUCACUGGGCAGUGCCCAGCGGAAGGCAGAGCCACACCUGACACUUUCCACCAGCAUACUGCCUGUUUUAAGCAUUAGCCAGACACUGGUUUGUUCCUGGAGAUAAGUGUGAAGAAGCUUCCAGAAGGGACUCUGGACACUUUGGCCAAGAACAUGCCCUGAUAGCAUGGGAGUGGGAGCAGGGAUGAAGGCUCAUGGGUUGAGCGGAUUAGAGCACUCCAGAGCCAGCCAGGCAGUUUUAUUGAAAUUGCUUUAAAUAAUUUGCAUGUGUUAGUCUCGUGUGUUAACAAUGCUGUGUGGUUGGAUGAGUUCCGCAGGAGAGUGAGCCCAGGUGUUAGGUCCGCCAAAUGCUCUGUCCCUCAACUCCACGCUGA